AUGGACUCUCCUCUCGUCACCCGUCUCUUCCGCGAGCUCUUUCGCCGCCCGGCAUGUCAAUCCCGCAGGCAAUGCACCACCGCCGCCGCCGCCGGCUCUCUGCCGACCCUCCGUCACAGCACCCAGAAUGCCGCUGCCGCCGCAGCACAACCACAACAACGGCGGCACUACGCCGUCAAGACAUCGCAACCUAGAGGCGAGCGGACAAACGAGUCCAAAUGGCAACAGCGCACAUCACUCUUCCCCAGCGACCGCACCGAAGAAUUCGAUACGUAUCCGACCCUGACCUCCGCCGAACUGGCCGCCCGCUCCACCCGCCCGCGCAAGGUCAAGAUGCUCACCCGCGACUUCAUCGAGGACAGCCUGUACAACCCGGCGUAUGGCUACUUCUCCAAACAAGCCGUCAUCUUCUCCCCCGGCCAGCCCUUCGACUUUCCCGCCUUCAAAGACGAGCCGCAGUUCUACCGCGAGCUGGGCAGGAGGUACACCGAGUUCGAGGACGACCUUGACGAGCGCGAGGGGGUCAACGACGCCCGGCCGCUGUGGCACACCCCCACGGAGCUGUUUCGGCCGUACUACGGCGAGGCCAUCGCGCGGUACCUCGUGUCCAACUACCGCCUGACGACGUACCCCUACCACGACCUCAUCAUCUACGAAAUGGGCGCCGGCCGCGGCACGCUGAUGCUCAACAUCCUCGACUACAUCCGCGACCUCGACCCGCAGGUAUAUGCCCGCACGCAGUACCGCAUCAUCGAGAUCUCGCCGGCCCUGGCGUCGCUGCAGAAGCAUCACCUGCUGUCCACCGCCGACUCGAGGGGCCACGCUUCAAAGGUUGAGAUCAUCAACAAGUCCAUCUUCUCGUGGUCCGAGAGGGUGCCCUCGCCGUGCUUCUUCGUAGCCAUGGAGGUCUUUGACAACUUCUCCCACGACUGCGUGCGUUACGACCUGGCGACCGAGGAGCCGCUGCAGGGCUCCGUCCUGGUCGACGGCGACAACGACUUUUACGAGUUCUACUCCCCGGACCUGGACCCCGUCCUCGCCCGCUUCCUCCGCGUGCGCGACGCCGCCACGGGCGGCCGGUAUCCGACACCGUACCCGGCGAACCGUCUUCUGCGCAACCUCAAGUCCCGCAUGCCUCUCAUGCCCAACCUCUCAGAGGCGGAGUACGUGCCCACCCGGCUGAUGCAGUUCUUCGACGUGCUAGAGAAGUACUUCCCAGCGCAUCGUCUCGUGACGAGUGAUUUCCACUCCCUCCCGGACGCCAUCCCGGGUCUCAACGCGCCUGUUGUCCAGACUCGCUACGAGCGGAAGACGGUGCCCGUCACGACGCCUUUGGUUCAUCAGGGCUACUUUGACAUUAUGUUCCCCACAGACUUUCAUGUCAUGGAGACCGUGUACCAGGCCAUCACAGGUAAGCUCACGAGACUCAUGUCGCACGGCGACUUCAUGAAGCGAUGGGCGUUCCUCGAAGACACCCAAACGCGUAGCGGGGAGAACCCCCUCCUGAGCUACUACCAGAACGCUAGUGUUCUGGUCACUGUAUAA